CAUUCUUUGAACAUUCAACAUGAAUUCUAAUCUCAACGAGUUUGACAAUGUGAUGGAACAGAUUGGUUUUGGCAGGGUUCAUCUUUAUGCGACGCUCACGCUUGGUCUACUACAAAUGUUUACCAUUCACGAGACCAUGGGAAUUGGAAUUAUUGGUCCAGCUUCGGUGUGCGACAUGCGUUUAAACCUAAUGCAGUUGGCCACAAUAAUGGCAGCCGCCUUCUUAGGCAUCAUCUGUUCGUCGUAUUUUUGGGGCUACAUAACCGAUAAAAUGGGUCGUCGAUGGAUUCUGUUACGGACUAUAUCAAUUUGUAAUAUUUGCGCGCUGCUUUCGAUGUUUAUGGUUAGUUUUACGAGUUUUUUCGUAAUGCGUUUCCUUACGGGCAUCUUUGUGGCUGGUCCCAGCUUCGUAGCUGUCACUUAUCUUAGCGAGUUCUGCAACAAACAAAUCCUGGCCCGAGUAGUUACCCACAUGUACAUGUUUACUGGCUUUGCCAUGUUUUACUGUCCAUUGGUGGCUUCGUUCUUUUUCACCAGCUUCAUGGACUUUGAGGUGGAUGUACUUGAAAUGCUAACAUUACGCUCUUGGCGGUUUCUUGGCUGUACGUUUAUGGUGCCUGGCGCAAUUGCAUUUUUUCUUUUGUUAGGUAUGCCCGAGAGUCCAAAGUUUCUCUUCAUGAUUGGCGACACGCAAGGGGGAAUGGCCGUAAUGGAAUGGGUGAGCAUGAAGAACACUGGACACCCGCUGAGUCCCGAUCAGGUGGCUGAAUUGAAUAAGUUCCAGGCGGCUACCGAGGUGAAGCGCCAAAGGAAUUCCGUAAAUAUCCUGCAGACGAUGCUCAGUGAUGCGAUGCCUUUGUUUCGAAAACCAUUUGUUGGUUUCUAUGUGGGCAGCUGCGCGGUUAUGUUUACGCUUGGACUUUUAGCAAACGGUCUGGGUAUCUGGUAUGCAGCAAUGAGGAAUCGCAUCAACAUGCGUCUCGGUAGCAAAGAAGACAUGACCUUCUGCAACAUACUCUUUACCCCCUUCAGAGACAUAUUGCAAGAAAGUGAGGACGACUUGGUUGUGAUGUGCAACGACGGUUUCAAGGGCUUCAACGAUUCACUCAUUUUAGGUUUCACCUAUAUUCUUCUGUACAACGUUUGUUGGCUGCUACUUUUUCUGGUGCCACGCAAGGCCAUGUUUAUUGUAGCUCUGGUUAUGUCCUCCACUUGUGGUUUUGCCCUUAUUUUUGUUACCAAUUACUGGGUGCAACUGUUUUCAUUUAUAUUUUUCAUAGCACUCCCAGGUGUCCUUAUCAGCCUGUUGGGUGGUGCUCUCCUUGAGUACGUGCCCACGUAUGUACGUGCGAAGGCGUUGUGCAUCAGUUUGAUGUGGUGUCGCUGGGGCGCUGUUGUUGGUGCCAUCAUGGUCGGCGCGUAUGUGGACACCAACUGCGAAAUAACAUUGCUAACAAUUGCUAUCCUUCCCCUGUUAUCGGCCAGCAUUGAGGGAUUUUUGCCUUUAUAAUGUGAAAUAUUUUAUCUAAAUCUGAAUGUGUUUUUGUUUUAUAUACUUUAUAAAACCCAUUGUAUAUGUAAAGCUUUGAAACUUAAAGAUCUUUAAAUCA